GCUCCCUGUGCCGUGCCCACAGUCAAGAUGGUGGCGGCCUGAGGUGAGGAAGAGGAAAGAGGAGGCCCGCUGAGGCGGCGGUUGAGGGGCGCCGCGGGGUCGCCUUUUCCAGGCCGGCCCCUCAUGCCCCGCCGCAGCCGCCUGGGAUGCUCCGCUCCAGCGGCUUCUUCCGCGGCGUCGAGUGCCCUUUCGGGCAGGGCUGCGGGAGGCCCUACUGCCACUUCCGACACCCGCCUGGAGCCCUUCACGACGCCCAGGUCCCGGCCCCAGCCCCGGCGCCUCUCCCCCGGCGAGGAAGAGCGGCAGCGUGCGGCUAUGACCCUUACAACCCAGAACUUCCUAAACCUGCGGCCCAGAGUAGCAAUGGUCUCUUGGAGGAGAUCCCCGAACCAGCGGCUGGCAUUCUGGAACUCGAACUGGUCAACAAAGCCAUCGAAGCAGCGAAGGAUGAAUACGAGCGCGACAGGAAGAAGUACCAGGAACUGCUGGAGACGGCAAAAGAGUACAGCUCGUCGGAGACUCCGUUACUCACUUCUGAGACUGAUGGGUUAGCCACAUCCAACACAUUCCCUUCUCUGGAAUAUACCCCAGGGAACUACGAUGCCUGUUGUAGCACUGACUACAACCCUACCCCUCUUACUGGGGCUGCUGUUAGUACAUCUAGCAAAUACACUUUGGAUACUUUCAGUCCUGCCAAGUCUAAAGGCAGCUCUCUGGAAUACGUGCCCACCAUAGUCUCCCAGCCCAAGAAAUAUAGCACUUCCUCUGGGAACAGGAAAUACGUCAUCGACAACUCCAAGCCCUCAACCGAUUUGGAGUAUGACCCCCUUUCCAAUUACUCCGCAAGGCUCUUGAGCAAAGCCAAAGAGCAGAAAGGGACCAAGCGCAAAAGAGGGGCUAACCAUGGGGAAGCCUAUUCUCCCUCGCUCAAGAAAUUCUGCGACUCAGCUAGCACCCCUGAACCGGUAGCCAGGUUCUCAGACUCGGAAGAAGAACGUGAAGCAGCUUGUGUCUCCCCUCCAAAAUCGAACUGUGGUGCGGAAAGCAAGCCCCCACAGAGGUUGGGAACCAACAAGAAAGGAACCCAGCAAGCAGGUACCAGUUCACGGGAAAUGAAAGAGACAGCUGUGCAGUAUGACAUGGAGGACAUUGAAAACCCUCUGGCAGCCCUUGUUGGAAAGUCCCCAAAAGAGGACCGCCCUAAGCUGUCAAAAGCACCUUCUGGUGAGGGUGGAAAAGAGGAAGAGAAGGGCAAAGGGGUGCCAAAAGACAAACUGAAGAAGAAAACGGCUGAGGGCUAUAAGACAGAGAGAAAGAAAGACCAUGGCAAAGAUAGCCACAAGGAGAAGGUGGAAGUGAAGACAAACCACAGAAAUGGGGAGAGGAUGAAAGAGAAACACAGCAAACGCCAAGUCGAUGGGCAGAACAAGGAGCACGGCAAACUGAAAUCUCCAGAAGAGAUCAGGGGUAAGGAGGAGAGCCUGGUCAAGAACAAAAAAACGAGCAAAAGUUCGGACAUUGAGAAAGUGGAAGGUGGUAAAAAAGCAAGCAAGCCUAAGUCUGCUGAUCCGAAAAGGAAGGCAGAGUCGUCUAAGACAGAACAGAAAGAUGGGAAGGGGAAGCGACCUUCUUCUGAGAAGCCCAAAGGGGGGCUGGCAAUCUCGGUGGCCAAAUGCAAGGGUAAACAGCGGGCUCUGAGCCAUGUUGACCUCUUUGGGGAUGAGAGCGGGGAUGAGGUACAGGAUGCUCAGCCCCCUCCUGUUGUGUUUCGCAAUGUGAGUUCGGACUCGGACGGGGACGGUGGCUGUUCCCCUUUGCCCCGAGGUAAUGGGGUGAUGGCCGCCAAGCGUCCCAAGUUGUCCAAGGCACCCCCUUCAUCAUCCUCCUCCUCUUCUUCCGAUGAUGUUGAUUACUCCAUCCUUGAGAGGGACCUGGACUUUGAAUCUGACCCAAUGGAGGAGUGCCUUCGGAUUUUUAAUGAGUCCACUGACGUCAAAACGGAAGACAAAGGCCGGCUUGGCAAACAGCCAUCAAAAGAGGAAGGGGUCGAGGAAAAGACAACCACACUCUUUCCUGGCCAGAGAAAAAGGAUCUCUCACGUUGCGAAGCAAGAUAGCACUGAAGCCCCAAGCAAGCCAGUGAUCCGCCCAUACCGACCCCCAACAGCUCAGGAAGUCUGCUACCAGAGGAUCCAACAAGCUCAGAAGCAGGCCAUGCAGCUAGCCCAGCAGCAAGCCCAGCAGCAACAGCAGCAACAGCAGCAAGCGCGCAUCCGACAGUUGCCUCCGACUCUCCAGAGACGCCCUUCCCUUGGGAUGCACAAAGGGGAGAAGAAACGGAUUGCCCACGUGUCUAAUGCAGUUUCUCCUGUGGCGGUGAAGUCUGCCCAGGGAAGUCUCAAGAAAACUCUUCCGCCUGGGAUCACUGUACCUUCCAACAGUGCCGACCCUGUGUCCUUGAAAGCUCGUACACUCACUGGCAUGGCAUCCAAAACAACAUCCACAAACACCCCGAAAAGGAUUGCUCAUGCUCCCACGCUGCAGAGUGCGACUUUAAAAAGGCCAGUCAUUCCCACAGAGUUUGGUGCAAAAGUCCCCACCAACAUCCGGCAGAGGUACCUCAACCUCUUCAUUGAUGAGUGCCUGAAGUCGUGCUCUUCACAGCAGGAAGCGUUUGACAAGGCUUUGUCGGAGGAGAAAGUGGCGUAUGAGCGGAGCACCAGCCGGAACAUCUACCUGAACGUGGCUGUGAACACCUUGAAGAAGCUGAGAAGCCUGCUUCCCAGUCCCUCACAAGAUGCUCACAAGGCCAGCAACCGGAAAGUGGUUUCUCACGAAGCCAUGCUGGGAGGGAAAUUGGCAGCCAAGACAAGCUUCUCCUUUAACCGCUCUACAUCUUUGCGGGUGGAAGACCUGACAGGGCCUACCUUGUACCGAAGACUCAAGGAGUAUCUCAUGACAGAGGACGAUCUGAAACUGCAUGGCUACCCCUUGCCGUGUUCUGAGAAACCAGGCCGUGCUGUUGUCUUCACUGUGGAAGAGAAGAAAACCCCGGAGAGUUCUUGCAGAAUUUGCUGCCGUUGCGGCACUGAGUACAUGGUGACACCAUCUGGGAACUGUGUCCGUAAAGAAGAAUGCGUCCACCACUGGGGGAAGUUACGCAAGCAGAGAGUUCCAGGUGGCUGGGAAACACAUUAUAACUGCUGUUCUGGAGCAGUGGGCUCUCCUGGCUGCCAAGUCGCAAAACAACACGUCCAUGAUGGCCGCAAAGAAAACCUGGAAGGUUUUGUCAAGACCUUUGAAAAACUGCCCAGCAGAGAUAGCUAUCCGGGCAUCUAUGCCUUAGACUGCGAAAUGUGUUACACCAAGCAGGGCCUGGAGCUGACACGAGUCACUGUGAUUGAUGCAGACUUAAAAGUAGUCUAUGACACCUUUGUCAAGCCAGACCACAAAGUUGUGGAUUACAACACCAGGUUUUCAGGUGUGACGGAAGCGGAUCUGGAAAAUACCUCCAUUAGCAUCCGGGAUGUCCAGGCUGUUCUUCUGAGCAUGUUCAGCACAGACACGAUCCUCAUCGGGCAUAGCUUGGAAAGCGAUUUGUUUGCACUGAAGCUCAUUCACUGCACGGUGGUAGACACGGCUAUCGUCUUCCCUCACCGUCUGGGACUGCCCUAUAAGCGUGCACUGCGCACCUUGAUGGCGGACUACCUCAAGCGCAUCAUCCAGGACAGCGUGGAGGGCCAUGACUCCAGUGAGGAUGCCCGGGCCUGUAUGGAGCUGAUGAUCUGGAAGAUCAAGGAAGACGCCAAAGUGAAGCGGUGACAGACACCCUGCUGUCCCUCUCCUUUCCCCAUCUGUUGGCACAGUGCAAUAAGACAAACUUCCGGAAGGAAGGUUACUCUCCAAACAGCAAGGCCCUUCCGGACUUUCCCCCUCAUCAGGAAUUGGGAGGAAGCUGCUGCUGCAGCUGUUUUUGGCUGGUGUAGCGACAGGUCACCUGUGCUCCCCAGGCACGCUACCAGGGUGAAACGCAUUCCGCUCCCUGCGAGGUUGGCCAGGAUGCUGCCCUUUCUAGCAAGAUUUGGAAAAGGGAGUAUUUGGAGGCAGACCUGUCUGAGAAAGCCGGAAUAAACCCCAGAGGCACUGAACUUGUUUCCUCCUUUCUCCCACCCCAUCCUAUUUAUGAAUUUUAAACUCUAGCUUCUAGUUUAGGUUCUUAAUUUAACUGGGCAUUGUGGCAGCUGGUGCAGGAGUCGGCUGUGGCAUUGUGGGCUGGGCAGAAGGGGGUUACGGCACGGUUGGUGGGGCAGGAAGGAUACGUGUGAGCUGCGAAUGGAUGAGAUAGGGCAGAGAAGAAGGUAACCAUAACAUAUCUUAUAUUUUCCAAUCUGCAGGGCGGCUGGCCUUCUCAAACAUCAGGGAUGCAUCUACACUGUGCAAAUAAUGAAAUCUGACACCAUGUUUAAGUGCUGGUGCUCCGGGGCAUUGAAGUUUUGCGAGGUCUUUUGCCUUUGCUGCCAAGAACUUCUGUUGCCUCGUAAACCUACAUAUCCCAGGAUCCUGUAGGAUGGGGCCAUGGCAGUUAAGGUGUCAAACUGCAUUUUUCUUACUGUGUAGAUGCACCCUAGGAGAUAAUACUCCUUUCUUGUGCCCCUGGCUUUCAUUGCCCAGGCUGGGGCAACAGAUCUGAGGUCAGUCCGGUGUGGAAAUCAAGGUGAAGUUCAGCCUUAAAGAGUAUCCUUCCCUUGAUACUACCAAAUAAUAUUUGCUGGCCUUCAAAAUUCCCAUUCCUUCAAAGUCGCCCUUACCUGACACGAGCAUAAAUGCAUUAUAUUAUUUAGAAAUGGAAUGUGUGAGGCCCUCGUUGACGGUUGCCUAUAAAACCAAGGUUGUUCUUUUUUAUUGCAGGCUCAUACCGGUUUAUAUUGCAUAGCUUCCCCUCUGCUAAAGAAUCAUGGGAGUUGUAGUUUAGUAAGAGAGCUCCCCAAGAAUUAAAAAACCUGGGAUAAGAGAACAAGCAUUAUGUUUAUAUUCUUUAUAAGUCUCUGCCUUGCUUCUCUGUUGUCUUUCUUAAGCAGAAGACACAGACACAGAAAGCCAGGUCUUUUCAUUUUGCAAGAAAAAUGCAGCGUUGGCGACCACCGUUUCCGCCUCUGUAGUUGCCCACUUUCCCCCGGCUGCGGUUCCCUUCUCGUUUUGUAAUAAAACUGUACAGUAGCAAAGUGGUGGACUUUGUACAUGCCCAACUGCAUACCAGGUUAACACUAUUUUGUAAAUGUUUCUUUUUUAAACAGCGAUAUUAAAAAAAAAAAAUCCUAACUGUUUUUCCAA